AUGGCCACGCUGCCGAGCGCAGAGCGCCGAGCUUUCGCGCUCAAGAUCAACAGGUAUUCUUCUGCGGAAAUAAGGAAACAGUUUACCCUCCCACCAAACCUUGGCCAGUACCAUCGACAAAGCAUAAGUACCUCUGGCUUCCCCUCUCUUCAGCUACCUCAGUUCUAUGACCCCGUGGAGCCAGUGGACUUUGAAGGACUUCUGAUGACACACCUGAACAGCCUGGAUGUGGAGCUUGCCCAGGAGCUGGGAGACUUCUCCGAGGACGACUUGGAUGUGGUGUUCACACCGAAGGAAUGUCGAACUUUGCAGCCUUCUUUGCCGGAGGAAGGGGUUGAACUCGACCCACACGUCAGGGACUGUGUUCAGACCUAUAUUCGGGAGUGGCUAAUUGUGAAUCGGAAAAACCAAGGAAGUUCAGAGAUUUGCAGCUUUAAAAAGACUGGAUCCCGAAAAGAUUUUCACAGGACGCUUCAGAAACAGACGUUUGAGUCAGAAACCUUGGAGUGCAGUGAACCCAGCGCUCAGGCAGGUCCCCGCCACCUGAACGUGCUGUGUGAUGUCUCUGGGAAAGGUCCCAACACUGCCUGUGACUUUGACCUCCGUAGCCUGCAGCCUGACCCGAGGCUGGAAAACCUUGUACAGCAAGUGAGCGCUGAGGACUUCGAGAAGCAGAAUGAGGAGGCGCGGAGGACCAAUCGGCAGGCCGAGCUCUUUGCCCUUUACCCGUCAGUGGAUGAGGAGGAUGCUGUGGAAAUACGUCCGGUACCAGAAUGUCCCAAGGAACAUCUGGGAAACAGAAUAUUGGUCAAGUUGCUGACCCUGAAGUUUGAGAUAGAAAUUGAGCCUCUGUUUGCCAGCAUUGCCCUCUACGAUGUUAAAGAAAGGAAAAAGAUCUCGGAAAAUUUUCACUGUGACCUGAACUCUGACCAGUUUAAAGGAUUUCUGCGUGCUCACACGCCCUCUGUUGCUACAUCCAGUCAGGCAAGAUCUGCGGUGUUCUCGGUCACCUACCCAUCCUCGGACAUCUACCUAGUAGCUAAGAUUGAAAAAGUUCUUCAGCAGGGAGAGAUUGGAGACUGUGCAGAACCCUACAUGGUUAUCAAAGAAAGUGAUGGCGGAAAGAGUAAAGAAAAGAUUGAAAAACUAAAACUUCAAGCUGAAUCCUUCUGCCAUCGUUUGGGGAAAUACCGGAUGCCCUUUGCUUGGGCUCCCAUAAGCUUAGCAAAUUUCUUCAGUGUCUCUACCCUGGACAGGGAGGUAACCGAUGUGGAGUCCAUGGUUGGGAAAGCCUCUGCGGGUGAGCGAAGAACUUUGUCCCAAUCUCGAAGACUUUCUGAAAGAGCCUUCUCCUUGGAGGAAAAUGGGGUUGGAUCCAACUUCAGGACUUUAACCGUUACCAACUUUUUCAAGCAGGAGGGAGAUCGCCUCAGUGAUGAAGACUUAUUCAAGUUUUUAGCUGACUACAAAAGAUCUUCAUCCCUACAGAGAAGAGUCAAGUCAAUUCCAGGCUUGCUCAGACUGGAGAUAGCUUUGGCUCCAGAGACCAUCAAUUGCUGUCUGACUCCUGAAAUGCUGCCAGUGAGGCCCUUUCCUGAAAACCGGGGACGCCCACACAAAGAGAUACUGGAAUUUCCAAUCCGAGAAGUAUAUGUCCCUCAUACUGUGUACAGAAACCUUCUCUAUGUCUACCCACAGAGGCUGAACUUUGCUAACAAACUAGCAUCUGCCCGAAACAUCACAAUCAAAAUCCAGUUUAUGUGUGGAGAGGAUGCCAGCAGUGCUAUGCCGGUCAUCUUUGGAAAAUCCAAUGGCCCUGAAUUUCUGCAGGAAGUGUACACAGCCGUUACCUACCAUAACAAGUCUCCUGACUUCUAUGAAGAAGUGAAAAUUAAGCUCCCUGCUAAGCUUACAGUAAAUCACCACCUCCUGUUCACCUUCUAUCAUAUCAGCUGUCAGCAGAAGCAAGGAAACUCAGUUGAAAGUCUCCUGGGAUAUUCAUGGCUGCCUAUUCUCUUAAAUGAACGUCUUCAAACUGGAUCCUACUGUCUCCCAGUUGCCUUGGAAAAGCUGCCACCCAACUACUCUAUGCAUUCUGCAGAGAAAGUCCCUUCACAGAAUCCUCCCAUUAAAUGGGCUGAAGGACAUAAGGGAGUAUUCAAUAUUGAAGUGCAAGCUGUUUCUUCUGUUCACACCCAGGACAACCAUCUGGAGAAGUUCUUCACCCUCUGCCACUCCCUGGAGAGCCAGGUGACCUUCCCCAUCCGUGUGCUGGACCAGAAGAUCAGUGAGUCGGCGCUGGAGCACGAGCUGAAGCUGAGCAUCAUCUGCCUGAACUCCUCCCGCCUGGAGCCCCUUGUGCUGUUCCUGCAUCUAGUGCUGGACAAGCUAUUCCAGCUGUUUGUGCAGCCCAUGGUCAUCGCUGGUCAGCCAGCCAACUUCUCCCAGUUUGCCUUCGAGUCCGUGGUGGUCACCGCCAACAGUCUGCACAACAGCAAGGGCCUCGGCAAGGACCAGCAUGGAAGAAACUGCCUGUUGGCCUCUUACGUGCACUAUGUCUUCCGCCUGCCGGAGCCGCAGAGAGACAUGCCCAAGUCAGGUGGCCCCGCGGUCCUCCCGGACCCUCGCUACCACACGUAUGGACGCACAUCUGCUGCGGCUGUGAGUUCAAAGCUGCUGCAGGCCCGGGUGAUGAGCAGCAGUAACCCAGACCUCGCGGGGACGCACUGUGCCGCAGAUGAGGAAGUUAAGAACAUCAUGUCUUCAAAGAUUGCUGAUCGCAGCUGCAACCGGAUGUCUUACUAUUGCUCCAGCAAUAGUGAUGCUCCAAGUUCAACAACAGCCCCCAGGCCAGUCAGCAAAAAGCAUUUCCAUGAGGAGCUUGCCCUACAGAUGGUGGUCAGCACUGGAAUGGUGAAAGAAACAGUCUUCAAGUACUCCUGGUUCUUCUUUGAGCUUCUGGUGAAAAGCAUGGCCCAGUAUGUACAUAACAUGGACAAGCGGGACAAUUUUCGGAGGACUCGUUUUUCUGACCGUUUCAAAGAUGACAUAACUACUAUUGUUAAUGUGGUCACCUCGGAGAUUGCAGCCCUUUUAGUAAAACCUCAGAAGGAAACUGAACAGGCGGAAAAGAUCAACAUCAGCCUGGCUUUCUUCUUAUAUGACCUCCUCUCCCUCAUGGAUCGUGGCUUUGUGUUUAACCUCAUCAAACAUUAUUGCAGCCAGCUGUCAGCCAAGCUCAACAACCUUCCAACGCUCAUUUCCAUGAGGCUGGAGUUCCUGAGAAUUCUCUGCAGCCAUGAGCAUUACCUCAAUCUGAACCUCUUCUUCAUGAAUGCGGAUACCGCUCCAGCAUCUCCCUGUCCCUCCAUAUCUUCCCAGAACUCCAGCUCCUGUUCCAGUUUCCAGGACCAGAAGAUUACUAGCAUGUUCGACCUGACUCCGGAGUACCGCCAGCAGCACUUCCUCACCGGGCUUCUCUUCACCGAGCUGGCCACCGCCCUGGAUGCUGAAGGGGAAGGGAUCAGCAAGGUACAAAGGAAAGCUGUCAGUGCCAUCCACAGCCUGCUGAGUUCUCAUGACCUGGACCCACGUUGUGUGAAGCCAGAGGUGAAGGUCAAAGUCGCUGCCCUCUACCUGCCCUUGGUUGGUAUCAUUUUGGAUGCUUUGCCACAGCUCUAUGACUUUACAGCUGCAGAAGCUCGAGGUGGAAAAAAUCGUGCCAGUGGCUCAGAUGAAGAACAAGAAGGGACCAGUGCAAUUAAUCAGAAUGUGGCAUUGGCUAUAGCUGGAAAUUUCAAUUUGAAGACAAGUGGAACAAUGUUGUCUUCCCUGCCCUACAAGCAGUACAACAUGCUGAAUGCUGACACGACCCGAAACCUCAUGAUCUGCUUCCUGUGGAUCAUGAAAAAUGCUGACCAGAGCCUCCUUAGGAAGUGGAUUGCCGACCUGCCAUCCAUGCAGCUAAACAGGAUUUUAGAUCUCCUUUUCAUCUGUGUCUCGUGUUUUGAAUACAAGGGAAAACAGAGUUCUGACAAAGUCAGUACCCAAGUUCUGCAGAAGUCGAGGGAUGUCAAGGCCAGGCUGGAAGAGGCUUUGCUCCGUGGGGAAGGGGCCCGAGGGGAGAUGAUGCGGCGCUGCCGGACUCCAGGGAAUGACCGAUUUCCAGGCCUAAAUGAAAAUUUGAGAUGGAGGAAAGAGCAGACACAUUGGCGGCAAGCUAAUGAGAAGCUAGAUAAAACAAAGGCAGAGUUAGAUCAAGAAGCCUUGAUCAGUGGCAAUCUGGCUACAGAAGCAAAUUUAAUCAUCCUUGAUAUGCAGGAAAACAUUAUCCAGGCAAGCUCGGCUCUGGACUGCAAAGACAGCCUUCUGGGAGGAGUGCUGAGGGUCCUUGUGAAUUCUCUGAGCUGUGAUCAGAGCACCACAUACCUAACUCACUGCUUUGCGACACUCCGUGCUCUCAUUGCCAAGUUCGGCGACUUGUUGUUUGAGGAGGAAGUGGAGCAGUGUGCAGACUUGUGUCAGCGAGUGCUGCAUCACUGCAGCAGCAGCAUGGACGUCACCCGCAGCCAAGCCUGCGCCACGCUCUACCUCCUCAUGAGGUUCAGCUUUGGAGCCACCAGCAACUUUGCAAGAGUAAAGAUGCAAGUAACCAUGUCUCUGGCAUCUUUGGUGGGAAAAGCACAAGACUUUAAUGAGGAGUACCUGAGAAGAUCCUUGAGGACAAUUCUGGCCUAUGCAGAAGAGGACACAGCCAUGCAGACCACUCCUUUUCCCAUGCAGGUGGAAGAACUUCUCUGCAAUCUGAAUAGCAUCUUAUAUGACACAGUGAAAAUGAGGGAAUUUCAGGAAGAUCCUGAGAUGCUUAUGGAUCUCAUGUACAGAAUUGCCAAGAGUUACCAGGCAUCUCCUGAUCUGCGGCUGACCUGGCUCCAGAACAUGGCAGAGAAACACACCAAGAGGAAGUGCUACACGGAGGCCGCCAUGUGCCUGGUCCACGCGGCUGCUUUGGUGGCCGAGUAUCUGAGCAUGUUGGAGGACCACAGCUACCUGCCCGUGGGCAGCGUCAGCUUUCAGAAUAUUUCUUCCAACGUGCUGGAGGAGUCUGCCGUCUCUGAUGACACCCUGUCGCCUGAUGAGGAUGGGGUGUGCUCCGGCCGGUACUUCACGGAGAGCGGCCUGGUGGGCCUACUGGAGCAGGCGGCCGAGCUCUUCAUCACGGGAGGACUGUACGAGACAGUUAAUGAGGUCUACAAGCUGGUCAUCCCUAUCCUGGAAGCUCAUCGAGACUUCCGGAAGCUGACCUCCACCCAUGAAAAGCUGCAGAAGGCCUUCGACAGCAUCAUUAGCAAGGGUCAUAAGAGGAUGUUUGGAACCUACUUCCGAGUUGGUUUCUAUGGAUCCAAAUUUGGGGAUUUGGAUGAGAAGGAAUUCGUUUACAAAGAGCCUGCAAUUACCAAGCUUCCUGAGAUCUCUCACAGACUAGAGGCAUUUUAUAGUCAAUGUUUUGGUGCAGAAUUUGUGGAAGUGAUAAAAGACUCUGCUCCUGUGGACAAAACCAAGUUGGACCCUAACAAGGCCUACAUACAGAUCACUUUCGUGGAGCCCUACUUCGAUGAGUAUGAGAUGAAAGACAGGCUAACCUACUUUGAGAAGAACUUCAACCUGCGGAGGUUCAUGUACACCACCCCCUUCACCCUGGAGGGCCGGCCUCGGGGUGAGCUGCAUGAGCAGUACCGGCGGAACACCGUCCUGACCACCAUGCACGCCUUCCCCUACAUCAAGACCAGGGUCAGCGUCGCCCAGAAGGAGGAGUUUGUUUUGACACCAAUUGAAGUUGCCAUUGAAGAUAUGAAGAAGAAGACUCUGCAAUUAGCAGUUGCCAUUAACCAGGAGCCUCCUGAUGCCAAGAUGCUUCAGAUGGUGCUGCAAGGCUCUGUUGGAGCUACUGUCAAUCAGGGACCACUGGAAGUAGCCCAAGUAUUUUUGGCUGAAAUUCCAGCUGACCCAAAACUUUAUCGGCAUCACAACAAGUUGAGAUUAUGCUUUAAGGAAUUCAUAAUGCGAUGUGGGGAAGCCGUAGAGAAAAACAAGCGUCUCAUCACGGCAGAUCAGAGGGAGUAUCAGCAGGAACUUAAGAAGAACUACAACAAGCUGAAAGAGAACCUCCGACCAAUGAUCGAGCGGAAAAUUCCGGAACUCUACAAGCCAAUAUUCAGAGUUGACAGUCAAAAGAGAGACUCCUUCCACAGAUCCAGUUUCAGGAAAUGUGAAACCCAGUUGUCACAGGGCAGCUAA